AUGAAUCGCUUCCUAAUUUUUCUUAGACUGAACAUGGCAGGUGUCAUCCAAGAAACUCCUACAUGUGGAAGAUCUUGUUCAGAUUCUGAUGUUGGUGAAGAACUGUCUUUCCUACCUGAAAAACUAAAAGAGAGGCUACUUCCUUUCCAGAAGAAAGGAAUCACAUUUGCAAUGGAGAAAAGUGGCAGGUGCAUGAUUGCAGAUGAGAUGGGUCUAGGGAAGACUAUCCAAGCAAUAGCAGUAUCUUACUACUACAAAAAUGAAUGGCCUCUGUUAAUAGUGGUGCCCUCAUCUCUGAGGUACCCUUGGGCUGAUGAGAUAGAGAAAUGGAUUCCAGACCUCUGUCCAGAGGAUAUAGUCAUCAUUCAGAAUAAAACUGACACCUGGAGAAUUCCUACAAGCAAAGUCACCAUAUUAGGUUAUGGACUGUUAACUUCAGAUGCGCAGACUUUAGUGGACACUAUAUACAAACAGAACUUCAAAGUAGUGGUAGUUGAUGAGUCUCACUACAUGAAAACCAGAAAUGCAGCUCGUAGCAAGAUUUUACUACCAGUUGUACAGAACGCCGUUCGGGCUAUUCUCCUUACUGGAACUCCUGCUUUAGGAAGACCCGAAGAGCUCUUCAUGCAGCUUGAAGCACUUUGCCCAGGAAAAUUUGGGACAUGGACUGAAUAUGCAAAAAAGUACUGUGAUGCACGUGUCAGGUUUUUUGGUAGAAGGCGGCAAUGGGACUGCAGAGGAGCAUCAAAUUUGGAUGAACUGCACCAGCUACUAAGCAAUGUAAUGAUCAGGCGACUGAAGAAGGAAGUUUUAACUCAGUUACCACCUAAGAUUCGGCAGCGCAUCCCUUUUGAUCUUCCCAGAACUGCUGCUACGGAAUUAAAUGCUAGCUUUGAAGAGUGGGAGAAAUUAAUGAGGGCUUCAAGUUUAGAUUCUACAGAAAGUGACUUUUUCCAGGUGAUGGGUCUCAUUACGCGCAUGUUUAAACAGACUGCUAUUGCUAAGGCAGGAGCAGUAAAGGAUUAUAUCAAAAUGCUUCUUGAAAAUGACACUCUUAAAUUCCUAGUCUUUGCACAUCACUUAAGCAUGCUCCAGGCAUGUACAGAGGCAGUGAUAGAAAGCAAGGCACGCUAUGUUCGAAUAGAUGGAAGUGUACCUUCAGCAGAAAGAAUAAACCUUGUCAAUCAGUUCCAGAAGGACCCAGAUACUAGAGUGGCCAUUUUGAGCAUUCAGGCUGCUGGUCAGGGUUUAACUUUUACUGCUGCCACUCAUGUUGUUUUUGCUGAACUGUAUUGGGAUCCCGGACAUAUAAAACAAGCCGAAGACAGAGCACAUCGGAUUGGGCAAUGCAGUUCUGUGAACAUCCAUUACCUUAUUGCAAAUGGGACACUGGACCCUCUUAUGUGGGCAAUGUUGAACCGCAAGGCAACAGUUACUGGCACCACACUAAAUGGCAGGAAAGAAAAACUGCAGGCUGAAGAGGGCAGUAGAGAGCAAUGGAAUUUCCUGAGUUUUGCUGAAGCCUGGGCCCCUAAUGAAAGUCUGAAUGACAUAAAAAAUGAGACUUUAUUCACCCAUUUUGAGAAAGAAAAACAGCAUGAUAUUCGGGCCUUCUUGUCACCAAAGCCAAAUGCUGAGAAAAAGAGGAAAAUGGCUUCUUGUGAUAAGUCUUCGGAUUGUAGUCCCGAUUCUUCUCAAGCUGCAGAGGAUAUAGAUUAUGGUGACUACUUGGACUCCGGGGAAGCAAAUGAUGCAGAUGUGGUUUGCAGUGAGGCAAAGAGAUCAAGAGCUUUAGAGUCCUCUACCCCAAAGAGCACUUCUAAGAAAGGGAGAAUAUCUCUGUUUGAAAAAACAAACUCUUCUUACAUGGAAGAAAAUACUCCAGUGGACAAUGCUGCUCAGCCGUUUACUUCAAGCAAAGGAUCUGUUUCAGAAGCAGCCUGGCAGUGCAGCCUUUGUACUUACUGUAAUAAUUCCUUGCUACCUUACUGUGAAAUAUGUGAAUCUCCCAGGGAACAGAAAAGUAAACAGAAUAAAAGUCAAAUGAGCAGCUCUGUCCAGAGUGAGAAUGAAACGGCAGCCUCGAGUACUAGAAACCUUAGUGGUGCCAAGGCGACUGAUAAAUUUGCCCAGAAAAGAGAAAGCUCAGGACUUCAGUCUGAUGAAAUCCAGGAUGGAGCAGUCAUUGCUGCAGAAAAGCACUCUGGUCAUUGUGAGCAAGGGCUCAGAGAAGAGAAUCUAGAGGAUUCACGUUCCUAUCCAGUGUAUAAGGGCUUCCUGUUCUGCGCAAGUAGGAACACUGAUAGAAUUCACAUCUACAGAAAGGAUGGAGAGCCCUUGAAUUGUAACUUCAUUCCACUGGAUAUAAAAUUAGAUAACUGGGAAGAUUUACCAGAAUAUUUUCAACAAAAGCAGAAUCGUUCAUCGAUACUGAGGUUUGUGAGCGAAUGGACUAGUCUCACAGCCAUGAAGCAAAGAAUUGUCCGGAAAAGUGGUCAAAUAUUUUCUAGCCCCAUUCUUGCUGCUGAAGACACACUGUCUAAACAACAGGCCAAACUUGGCAGUACCAAACGGUACAUGACAAAAGAGGACGUCGCCACAGCUUCAAUCAAGAAAGUGGACAGUAGUGGGGGCAGUGUUCGUUUAGUUGCUAAAAAAUCUGUGGUUCCCUUGAAAAUCUCUGCUGGUGAAAAGGACCAACAUUCUGCAAAGUUGGCUUCAGUAGAUGGAAGUUGCUCAGACUUCAGUCUGAGUCAAACAGGUGCUGUGAAGGAUACCUCUGCAGGGAAAGGCUACUUGCAGGCAGUAGACAUUGAAGGGAAUCCACUUUGCCUCAGUUGCCAAAAACCAACCAUUGUGCUUGAUCAAACAUCCACCUCUACUGCCUGGGACACACGAUUUUGUUCUCACAAAUGCCAGGAUGACUUCUUAAUUCGCUCAAGUCAAAGUUACUUGAGAACACAAGUAUUUGAAACAGAACAUGGUGUUUGCCAGAUGUGUAGUCUGAAUGCUCAGGAACUGUACCUCACGAUCCGAGAUGCCCCAAAGAAUCAACGUAAAAGUCUUCUGGAGAGCUCUUGGAUGUCCAAGCUUCCUCUCACACAGUUGAAUGAAAUUAUCAAGAACCCAACUGAAGGUCACUUUUGGCAAGUGGAUCAUAUCAAGCCAGUUUAUAGUGGGGGAGGACAGUGUUCUCUAGAAAACCUUCAGACGUUAUGUACAGUUUGCCACAAAGAGAGAACAGCAAAACAAGCUAAGGAAAGAAGCCAACUGAAGAGAGACAGUCUAGCUUCAAAAUAUGGGUCUGACAUUACUAGAUUCUUUGUGAAACUGUAA